ACCUGACAGUGGACAUGUACCCCCAUGUCAGGAUAAUCGGCCUGCACUGUCCUCAGACAAGUGAGGGAGGAGCACAGACACUCCACUGUUGGCCAGAUUUCUGGGCAUGCAGUGUAGAAUCCAGACCUUCUAAGUGAGUAUUAUUUCAGCACAGAAAACUUGGAAAGAGACUUCUUCAUGAGGAGAAAGAUGGACCAACAAGGAUUUCUGCCUAUUUCAUUGAUUGCUAGCUUCCACAGGGUGCAAGCUCUGACUACAAAUGCUACACUCAUUUUGGAGGCCCUAAAGGACAGUACAGAAGUUGAAAUUGUGGAUCAGAGGAUAAGAAAAAGGGUUGAUCCAGAAAAGUGGCCAAUUCCAGGUCCACCUUCCUGUAAUCUGUCAACGACUGACUUUUCUCAGCUCAUCAAUUGUCCAGAAUUCAUACCAGGUCAAGUCUAUGGCUCACAUACUGAGUCUGCACCAAGUUCUCCAGGAAUGGGAAGCUUGUUGAGUCUGAAGGAAAACACUGAAACAAAUAAUUUUCAGACAAUAUCUAAAGGGUUGUCUACAAGUUUGCCUGAUUUGGACUCUGAACCUUGGAUAGAAGUGAAGAACAGGCAUCAUGCAUCCACUGCUAGAGUAAAGGAAUGCGUUCCUAUGCCUGAUCAAGUAUCAGGCCAACAGCCACCCCCACCUCCAGAGGAACAAGAACAAGAAGAACUUGACUUUUUGUUUGAUGAAGAGAUGGAACAAAUUCAGGGUCAUAAGAAUAAAUUCACUGAUUGGUCAGAUAGCAGUUCAGAUUAUGAAAUUGAUGAUCAGGACGUAAACAAGAUUUUGAUAGUAACACAGACACCACCAUAUAUGAGAAAACAUCCUGGUGAAGGUCGUGCUGGCAACCAUGUGUGUCAUGGAAAAAUAACAUCAGAACUUGCUAAAGUUAUUAAUGAUGGCUUAUACUAUUAUGAACAGGAUUUGUGGACAGUGCAGAGUGAAAAUGACACUACAGUAAUGCAAGAAGUUGAGAACUUCAGAAAGCUAACUCUCGUUUGUAAGGAAGAAUUCGAUAAUCUUGCACCAGAACUGAUUGCCAGUCGAUCCCAAGAAAUUCCUCUGGGUUCUUCAGAGUUACAGAUAGCAGAGGAACCAGUUUGUAAUUUGUUCAGUACUGAAGCACUUCCAGCAGCAACAGUGGCUCGGUCACUGCCAACUGUGGUUCCAGAAUCUCCCCGAGUUCACCCUGGUUUCACCCCACGAACACCUCGCACCCCAAGGCUACAGGAUCCCAACAAAACACCCAGGUUCUACCCCGUUGUUAAAGAAGCACAGUGCAUUGAUGUGAAGGCUCCAAGAAAAAGAAAAACGCGGCACAGUAGAAAUCCUCCCUUAGAAUGCCAUGUCGGUUGGGUGAUGGAUUCCAGAGACCACAGGCCAAGAACUUCCUCUGUGAGCAGUUCCAAUGCUUCACCUUCAGAAGGAGCUCCACUUGCAGGAGGUUAUGGUUGUACUCCAAAUUCUCUUCCAAAAUUUCAGCAUCCUUCUCAUGAACUGUUAAAGGAAAAUGGCUUUACACAACAGGUAUACCAUAAGUAUCAUCGAAGGUGUCUAACGGAGAGGAAACGGUUGGGAAUUGGUCAGUCUCAGGAAAUGAACACACUUUUUCGUUUCUGGUCCUUUUUCCUGAGAGAUCACUUCAACAGGAAAAUGUAUGAAGAAUUUAGACAACUUGCUCUGGAUGAUGCUAAAGAACACUACAGGUACGGGUUGGAAUGCUUGUUUCGAUUUUACAGCUAUGGCCUAGAAAAGAAAUUCAGGCGAGACAUAUUCAAGGACUUCCAAGAAGAAACUAAGAGGGACUAUGAAGCUGGUCAGCUUUAUGGGCUGGAAAAGUUCUGGGCUUACCUAAAAUAUUCUCAGCACAAGACACCAGCCAUUGACCCCAAGCUGCAAGAAUACCUCAGUAAAUUUAGGAGACUGGAGGACUUCAGAGUGGAUCCUCCUUUUAGUGAAGAAUGUGGCAGGAGGCAGUUUGCUGCAGCAGGUGAGGAUUCGGGUCAUCGCAGACAUCUGGCUCGUUCCUGUAGAACAUUUCCUGUGGCUCAGCCUGCAGUGCUGGAGCACGUUACCAGUGGGAACACUCUGCAAGCACCCAGAGCAGACCAUCCUAAUGCUGCCACAAAAUCAAUAGAAAGUGAUGUACCAGAAAAAUAGACUAAGACUCACAACCAUUGAAAAUCAGCUUUUUCAUCGCUCUUUUUAGUUGGAGAUCUCCAAGGUGAGCUCGUCUAGUACAUGAUUAAAAGUGUAUGGGAAGACAAAGGACUGCAUUCUUUUUCGUGGGAUUAAGUUCCAAAACACCCUAGGAGAGUUGCUCUUGGUUUUGGGAUCAUCAGAAGGGUCCUAGGGAAGAUUCUUUGGCUUCAGUAUUGCUUUCCUCAAGCUUUUGUUUACAAAAAACUGCAUUCCUUGUAUAUGCAUAAAAAUACUUUGGGGAUGCCUUACAUUUCAGCUCAUGUUUCUGGGGGGGAAAAAAAAAAAGGUAUAGUAUAUCCAUCUUACUGACUGUGCUUUCUUUGUCCCUUUGUUUGUAUUUUACCAAAGCAAAAAAAUUACAGUAUACAUAUAAUUUUAAAUGUAAAGAAAGAUCUAUGUGAUUGGUUUGCUUUUGAAUCUGUAACUAUAAAGGUAUGCUUUGUGUGAAAGUGCACUCAAGAAUGUGCAGCUAUAUAUGAUACAGCACUGCUGGAUUCUAUUUAAAGACAUAGUUUCUAUUUUUUUCGGGGUCUCCAGAGUUAGUAUUAAGUAUGGAGUUGAGUGGACAUAACUGGGAUAGCUUUGCAGAUACUUCUUUCAAUACUGAUUCUUAAAAAGCCACAGUAAAAUACAGGGGAAAAUGGAUCUGUUGAUUCAAUGUCUUAAAUUAACACCUAGCAUCUCCAGUUGGUGCAGGUCAUUCAAGUAGCUUCAGCUGAAUUCUCAUAUGAUGAUUAUAGAAUCACAAUAAAGCACUCUAACAUGA